AUGGCUCCAGCAGAGAGUGACGAUGGUGAGGCUGCUGACGAGCCACCAAAGGAUCUGCCCGCGCGGACAGGCCUGGAUUUUCUGCGAGCGCUGCAUGCGAACCCUCCGCCUGUAGGCACUGCAGACCCGUCUGCUUGCAGCAAUGAGAAAGAGCCUGUUCACACUCCGUCUGCUUCUAAUGCCGUCGCGCCAGACAGUGCUCCCGCCACUGUCAGCGUCACAGAGGUCGGUGAGUCAUCGUCUCCAGCCUCGAAGAAGCGGCGUCGCUACGCGCAAGCCGUCCUACCGUUCGGCACGCCCCCCACGAAACCAACUCCGCCUCCCGCUCCUGUCCAAGCUCCGAAGCGUGCGUCCCGUGAACUCACCGACGCCGAGAAGGCUGAGGAUGAAUUCCAAAAGGCGCAGCAGCUAUACAUCACGCAGUGGCUGCCGAAGUUUGACUGGUUGCUGCUUGACAAGAACGAGGAGGGCCUGCCCAUUCUGCGAUGCAGCAUUUGCGUGGAGCAUGGGAAAGACGACGCGAAGUUCGGACGGAAUGGAACGGGGGGACGCGAUCUGCAGCUCGGAUCGAUGCGCUGUCACGAGCUGAGCGGCCGCCACGACGAAGCCAUGAAACGGCAGCGGACGCUCAUGGCGGAGAUCGAGAAGCAGAAGUGGAUCGACGAUUUCGCCAACACCGACAAGGAGGGCGCGCGGCUUACACGUCUCUUGCGCGGCGUGGAGUUCAUCUGCGACCAUGACGCGCCGAUCGCGAUGUCGAAGUCACACUGCCACUGCAGUGUUGCUGCCGCGUCGUACCCUAGAAAUGGCAGGGUGUUGAAAAUUUUCUGGUCUGGUAUGGCAGGGUGA